GUGAGAUCACGCGGACUAGUCACAUGUCGAGUCUGGAUACCAUAAAGAUUCGUAAUGCGGAGUGUGCGUGAUGGUGAAUGGCCCCUUUAUUAGAGUGAUUAUCUUGGCAGGGCUCUUCAGACACUCGAGUGCAGCGAGCAAAGAGAUCACUCAGGAAAACGAGGCUAUAGACGAUUCUGAAACCGGAGUUACCUGCUAUACUUGUGUCAACGUUUCUGAUAACUCCAUGUGCAACGAGUUCGCUAUUGACCACCCUUGUCCGAAAGGGGAGAACUUCUGCCACACAUUACACAUAAUGGACUCGACGGGCGCCAGUGUCGUCGUCAACAAAAAGUGCGCUGACAGUAGAGAAUGUUUGCCGCAGGGUGUCGGCUGCGUCUCCAUCGACUCGCAGACAGUGUGUGUGUCAUGUUGUGACGAGAUGUACUGUAAUGUGACGGUACCCACCAACAAGACCACGGCGAUCUACUCAAGCACUCGCAAGAGCAAGGGCAAGCUGCACCCGAUCCUGUCAAACACAAGGGUGCGGAGUAUGUCACAAACCCUCAUGCCCCCCACCAUCCUCUACGCCCUUGCCAACAUGUGUAUAUACUCGUUAUAGAUUUUUGUCAUUGUCCCCUCGAUGAAUCAGGGUCACGCAAGGCUUUACCUCGCGGUAUGGGGUGCGGCUAGAUGUUUAUAUACUGUUUAAGUGUGAAUAAAACUAUGAAUACCACAGACUAUUUUCUUACUUUAGUUGAGAUAUCGAUUUCUGAAGGAAUGUAACAUUAAAAAGAAGGAAUAGAACAGGGCAUUUCAAGUAUAUAAUCAAUAUAUGUAUUGUGUAUAAUGGUUUUUGUAAAUAAUAUCAGUCAUUUCUUAUCACUUUUCUUUCAAGCUUAUUGUUGACUUGAAAAUAUACGUUUUCAGACAAAUUUAUCUAAUAAUUUGAAAACAUUAUUUUAUGAAAGUGUUCAAUUUCUUUAAAUUUCUUCUUUUUCAAUUGUCUUGACAAUUUCAAUUCAGUCAAAUGUUUUAGAUUAAUAAACUCUUCUAAUUUGUUAAAAUGAUUCAAAGUGAUAAAGCAAUUAUAACGCCAUAAAAAUAUAAACAAAUAAACUAACACUAAAAUUCUUAACUUAAAUCAAGAAAUAAGAGCUGUGCUGAUUGUAGAAUCUAUAAAAAUGAAAGUUACGUUAUUAAUGCUACAGAUGAAUAUAACUACUACAAAUAUAAAGAUCGUAAAUCCUAAAAUCUAAUGAAACCAUUAUAUAAUAUAUCAUAGAUUUGUUAUUAUUAUUAUAUUACUAUUAUUAUAUAAGCCUAAACUAUAAUGGCUAUUAAACAGCACUCGCACUUCUACAGAAGAACCUGUGCUCAACCGGCUGUGAAUUAUAUUUAUAGUUUACAUUUAUAAAUGUAGUUAUUGAUAAAAUACACUAGUAAUAUGAAAUCUGUGUAAUUGUUUUAAUUUCGUUCUACGAGUACGUAAAUCAUUGUGUAAUACUCAACAAAUAUUCGUGUAUGAGUAAGUUCAAGUUAUGGCAUUGGAAAUAAAAAUAAAUAUUUUUUGAGUGAA